AUGGCGGCGCCGUUUUUGCUGUGGCAAGGACGAGUUGGGGCGCUGAAGACUGGGCUCCAAUUAGGGGUUCUUCGAGGACUGACUUCUACAGUUCCUCUCUCUACAAAAUCAGGAAAGAGUGAACAGGGACUGCCACCAAAUCCCAAGAAGCAAAGUCCACCAAAAAGACCUGCUGCCUUACCCGCUGAGCCGUUUGACAACACCACCUACAAGAAUCUCCAGCACCAUGACUACACUAUGUAUACCUUUUUGGAUUUGAACCUGGACCUCUCAAAAUUCAGAAUGCCUCAGCCUGCUUCAGGACGGGAGUCACCACGACACUGA